CAUGUGACUGGGGAGCGGCUGCCCCCGUCCAUGGCUUGGCCUCCCCCGGGCAGCAGCAGCUCCGGCUCCCGGGGAGGAGGGGCAGGACCUGCUGCUCCAUGGGGAGGAAGGGCAGCCCCCGAUCCCCCCAGGCGGAGGGGGGAUCCCGGGCAGCCUCCCCCCGCUCCUCCUCCCCCCCUUCCCCGCUCUGGGCCUUACCUGAGGAGCUGCUGCUCCUCAUCUGCUCCUACCUGGACGCACAGGCCUUAGGCCGCCUGGCCCAGGUCUGCCGCCGCCUGCGCUUCCUCAGCAGCCGCGAUCUUCUGUGGAGGCGGAUAGCCCGUGGCUGCCUCAACUCCGGCUUCACCCAGCUCGGCACCGACCUGUUGUCUGGCAUUCCAGUGAAGGAAAGGGUGAAAGUAUCUCAGAACUGGAGGCACGGACGCUGCCGGAGAGAGACCGUCCUGAAAUGGAAAUGCGAUUUGCUGCCCUGGAUGGAGCUGGAUGGAGAGUAUCUCUACCUGUCUCAAGCAGAGAACAUCCACGCCUACCGGCUCUGUCCAGACGGUGCAGGUUUGCAGCGUCACCCUCAGGCUAUCUUCUCUGGCCACCAGGAGGAUGUGUGUCGCUUUGUUCUUGUCAACUCCCACAUCGUCAGUGGAGGGGGAGAUGGAAGUAUUGUCCUUCACAAGAUUCAUGGCUCCUAUAGCGUCAAGUUCUCUGCACAUGAACAGGAGGUGAGCUGUGUGGAUUUCCAAGGUGGCCUCAUUGUCAGCGGCUCCCGGGAUAGAACAGCGAAGGUUUGGUCCCUGUCCGCCGACAGAGUUGGGCAGUGUCUACAUACAGUGCAGACAGAGGAUCGAGUGUGGUCCAUUGCUAUCAGCCCAUUAUUAAGCUCAUUUGUGACUGGGACAGCCUGCUGUGGACACCCCUCACCUCUGAGAAUCUGGGACCUGGAGAGUGGUCAGCUGUUGACCUGUUUAGGCACUGACUUCCACUGUGGAGCUGGAGUCCUUGACAUGUUCUAUGAAACGCCCUCCCUUCUCCUUUCUUGUGGGUAUGACACCUACAUCCGCUACUGGGACAUACGAGCCAGCACCAGGAAGUGUGUGCAGGAGUGGGAAGAGCCCCAUGACAGUGCCCUGUACUGCAUUCGGAGCGACAAGAACUACAUGAUGGCCAGCGGCUCCGCCUACUACGGCGUGGUGCGCCUCUGGGACAAGCGGCAGACCCGCUGCCUGCAGAGCUUUCACCUGUCUUCACCUACCAGCAGCCCAGUCUACUGCCUCCGUUUCAGUACCACCCAUCUGUAUGUUGCCCUGGCAUCAGCCCUGCGUGUCCUGGACUUCACAGCCCCAUGAAGGGCACCGCAGCUACUUCUGCUCACCCCAAGUCAAAAAUUCAAAAGAGUUGACACUUGGCUCAGGGAAUUGCAGGGCAGGAGAGGUGAGAAUGGUUC